UGUCUUCUUUUUCUUGAUUUUUGCGUCUCCUUCUUUCAUCUUCAUCUUCACUAUCACUUCACUAUCAGUCAGUACGCUUAGCCAAAUCCAAAUCUGGUUUCCGCGUUUCUGCUGUCUCCUCAGAUUGUUGGGAAAUGGCUACACACGAACAUGAUCACCCUUAUGUCCCAAGAGACAUGAAAUUGCCUGGUUAUAUGCCUCCGUUUCUUCCCCAAGACACAAUUGUCGGAAUCUAUGGUGCUGCUUCAUUGCUAGUCGUCUCCAUUAUGUGGAUAUUAUCAGGCCGAUGUCGUAAGAUCUCGAAAGGUGAUCGCCUACUAAUGUGCUGGUGGGUAUUUACCGGCCUAACUCACAUGGUUCUCGAAGGAUACUUUGUCUUUUCUCCCCAAUUCUACAAGAAGACAACUCCCCAUUACCUUGCGGAUGUUUGGAAAGAAUACAGCAAAGGUGACUCAAGAUAUGCAGGUCGAGACUCUGCUGUAGUUGCUGUUGAAGGAAUUACAGCCGUUUUGGAGGGCCCGGCGUGUCUCCUCGCAGCGUACGCCAUUGCGACGAAGAAGCCAUAUGAACACAUACUCCAAGUGGCCAUCUCCUUGGGGCAGCUCUACGGCACAAUUGUGUAUUUCGUAACAUCUUUAUUGGAUGGCGAUAACUUCGCUGCCAGCGCAUUUUAUUACUAUGCAUACUACGUUUUUGCGAAUGGAUGGUGGGUUUUGAUACCCUCGAUCAUCACUGUCCGCUGCUGGAAAAAGAUCUGCGCCGCUUACCAGGAGUCCGCCCCCGUUCAGACGAGAGCCAAGGCUAAGGGAAAGGCAAAGACAGGUUAGUUGAAAUCGACGAUCCUGUAUUCUUACUUAAAGCUGACAAGCUGGAUUUAAGGUACAUUAAAAAUAGUCAGACUAGCUCUUACAUAAUGAAGAACAGAAAAUUUGUUGUCUGAACUUGGAUCGAAAAUGGGUAAUAAAGGAUUAUUCUUGAAAAGAA